UCACAGAUAGUCGAGUACAUAAGUAUGAUAAGCCUAGCCUAUAUAACGGAUAGCGGCGUUGAACGACCGUCGUUAUAAACGCAUAAGGAAGUGCUACGAUCUACAUUUACUGGAUUGCAUUAGAAAAAUAACAUACAGUUAUGAUGCAAAUUUAAAUGCAUUUAUUGGAUUGUACAGUUUAUUCAUGUAUCAUAGUAUAUCCUAUGAAGACAUAUAAGUUUCGCUAAUAUUAUUAAAAUUGAUUGUUAAAAAAUGUGGUAUGGACCAAAUUUACAAAGAUCAUAUAAGUACAUGAUAUUUGCUUCAAAGAUGCCGUCUCUGAGGAUCGACCAGAGUGAUUUGAAAUGUAAGAAUGGAUGUGAUUACUAUGGCAACCCGCAGUGGCAAGGAUAUUGCUCCAAAUGCCACAGGGAACAACUACAGCGACAAAGAAGGGCUGAAAAAGCGUCAGCGGCAUCCGCGUCGGCGACUUUACCGAGACAGGAGCAGAAAAAGCCGGAGCGCGGACUUAAGUUGUCGUCUCACUCCUCCUUCUCCAAGUUCGAGGAGAAACGCCUGCGCCAGAGCGAGACCCUCAAGAAAGCUAAUUUACUUAAAUUUAGCGUCUUCAAGAAGAGUAGUGCAGAGGAACAUGAGCAAUCAGAGAGGAGACCUCAAGAAUUUAAGAUCCCGUCGAUGGUGAACGAAGGAAUGAAGCGUGACUUUCGUGCCCGGUUCCCGCAGCUGCCUGGGCAGGUGGACCGCGACGCGCGAGUCUUCGCCCACUCCUUCAUCAUGGACGUCAUCAAGUGCUCCAAUGUUAUGUCGGUUGAUGAGCUCUCAGAAAGAGUGCAGCGACAAUAUCAGAGGUUUAUACGGCACAUGGACACGUCGCAGCACUUCGCCGGUCUCGAGCAGGACACCAAGGAGCUGCUCAUUGACUUUGUAGAGAAACAUGUCAUGACUUAUUUACACGAAUUGCCUGGCGUGGUGUUCUCCCCCGCCGGCACGGAGGACGAGCGAGCUGACCGCGCGCUGUCGGAGCGCAUCCAGCAGCUGGGGUGGGUGGGGGAGCGACACCUUGACUGCGACCUGGACCGCAGCAACGCCGCCUGCCGACAGCAGCUCUACAAGGCUAUCAGUGAGUUGCUGGGUAUGGACGGGUGCGCGGCGCCGGGCGGGAAGCUGGCGCGCGUGCGGCGCUGCUGCCGGCACGUGCUGGCGCUGCCCGGACCGCCCGCCUCCGCUGACGAACUCCUGCCCAGGCUUAUAUUCACUGUGCUGAAGGCGAAUCCUCCACGUUUGGUGAGCAACAUAAACUUUGUGACGCGCUUCUGUAACGCGCAGCGUCUCAUGACAGGCGAGGGCGGGUACUACUUCACCAACCUGUGCUGCGCGGUGUCCUUCAUCGAGAACCUGAGUGCGGAGUCUCUGAACAUGGACAAGCAGGAGUUUGACUGCUACAUGGCCAUGCCCGCCUCCAUCGGCGGCAGCGCAUGGGCGGCAGCACUGUCGCUGUGCGCGUGCGCGCGCGAGGCGGAGGAGCAGCGCGCCCAGGCGGAGCGCAUGCUGCAACAACUACACGAGAUAGACGCACGCUCCAAAGCCCUCGCUGACAACGCUGCCAGCUUCGAGGAACAAAUUGCGAAAAAGGUGCAAGAUGUUCUAGCUAAAACUCCAUUAGAGAUCAAACCGCGUCGCGAGUUGCCGAGGUUUGGUAAAUUCAAGAGCAUCGCCGCGGCGCCGCUCAUUGACAUAGACACGCCCACCUCCGCACCAGACCACGCCCCCACUCCCGCCACACUACAGCAGGAAGCCACGCCCCGACAUACACCAAACGAACUACAAAAGGAACAUGAAAUCCCAGUAGUAGAAACUACUGUAGUAGAAGAUAAACAAGAAAUCCUCGACUUCCAAGUCUUAGAAAAGCCGUCUCCAUCAAAAUCUCCCAACAAUCUCGAUGAGAAAUGGGAUUUGAAGCAGACCAACUCCAUGGAACUCCUUACACCGUCACCUCUAGGGUUUACACCCUUUGAUUCAAGGUCAAUCGAUGAACUAGUCACCCCAGAAGACUUUGGUACGGAGAACUUAGCACCUGGAUUGAGUAAUAUCAAUUACGAUAUAGAUUUAUCUGACUUCAGCGGUGAUAAUAGUUUGGCUGAAGAUCCACCGAAAUCUGAACCCAAAGAUCCAUUCAGUCCGGAUGGUAUUAAGAAGGAGUUCGAUCCAUUUGCCCCUUUACCAUCCCGUAGUGAAUACAGUGCUAUAUUAGAAACAUUUGAUGAGUUCUCUUUAGUUGAUGCAAGGAAUGUGAGUUCUGAAGCAUUUGAAGUAGUCCACAGGGGACGGGAUCCGUUCAGUCCAGUUUUAACUGAACAGACGGAUCCAUUCAGUACAGCGAACCAACAUACUUCGUUAUUAGAUGAUAAAGAAUCUCCUACUGCUGAAUGUUUACUUCCAUCACCAUUACAGCCUCAGACCAGUAAAUCUACUUAAUAAUUAUUGGUAAUAUUGAAAAUAUAAGAAUAAUCAAUUUUGUGGCUAAAAUAGAUAAAAAAAUGCAUG